CGUCGGUUUCACGCUGUAUUUUUUUUUUUUUUUUCCCAAUAAUUUUUGUAUACGUCACUUACAUUCGCUUUACGCAGUUACGGUUCGCCGAUUUGUCUUGGUGCUUUCGGGCUGUGUUUACGUUCGACCUACAGUUAAUAAAAUGUGAUUGUUUGCCAAAAUUCAAAAGCCGACAAUCGAUUGAUUUUUAAUCGCCAACCGGAAACGUUUCGAACGCCGGCACCAUCAUGUCGGUGGACACCAAGUGUCAACUGAGCAUCGUCGACAUGCUGCUCAACGACUCGACGGCGCUGGACGAUUUCGAAAAAAGUUCAGCCGCCACAGACGCGGACGCUAAACUUAACUGGGACCUGGAAAACGAUAAUUUUCUCAACUCUUUACUGAAAAUGGAAGACGACGCUACACCUUUUGAAUUCUUGUCCAACAACGACGACUUUAUGUCUAGCGCGGCUACCACGCCCACCUACGACAAUGCCGAGAGUAGCUCGUGCUCUGACAGCGGCCUAUCAUCUGUGGAUAAUCUGCCAUUCAUUCCAACACCAGAAACAUCCAAAGCGAGUAGUACAGAUAAUAACAAAUUAGAUUUUGUGUACGAUUCGUUUGUUAAAGAAGAAAUAAUCGAUGUCGACGAAGACGAUAGCAACGACGACACCGAAAGCGUGCAAGAAACACAUAGAAUUAUUCACCAACCUCAGUUGGUGAAAACUACUCCACAUACGGUAGUGAUUUCUCCAAAACCGUCCAAAGGACCUAUUGCUAUAUCCAAGCAUUUAUCAAAACCAGUUUUUAUACCAAUAAACUUAUCAAAUGUAAAAACCAUUAAAGUAGUUAACCAGAAUGGUAAAACGAUAAAUGCUGAAGCGUUUAAACGUUUGCAGACCAUAAAUCAUGGAGGAAGAAGAAUAUUUGUAAGAAAUAAUGGUACGAUGGUUUCAAAACCUAUGCCCAUACUAAAACAAAAUAAAGCUGUGGUGUCGGACUGUACAAGUGACGAGUCAGAUUCGAUGUAUCCGCGACUUCAUUUAACAAAUGAAGAGAGAAAAUUAAUGGAAAAAGAAGGAGUGAAAUUACCGUCACAUUAUCCGCUGACUAAACACGAAGAAAGAGAUUUAAAGCGCAUUCGUCGGAAGAUACGUAAUAAAAUAUCAGCACAAGACUCAAGGAAACGAAAGAAAGAGUAUGUCGACGGUCUUGAAGAAAGAGUUAAGCAAUGCUCUGAUGAAAACAGCCAGUUGAUGAAAAAUGUGCGCGCUCUGCAGACUGAAAACGAACGCUUAAAGGCUGCACUCAAACGUCUACAAAAUGUCAUUGCUCCAGGCGGUACCACGGCGCAGCCCGCCACUUGUCUGCUCGUGUUGAUGAUGUCUCUAGCUUUAAUCGCUGCGCCUAAUUUGAGGUCUUCUGUGUCCGACGAAAAAGACCUGUUGUCCAUAGAAGGACAAGAAACGAGUUCAGCCGUUUCAGGGCGUUCAAGAAAUCUGCUUUUCUCUAAAUCGGGUACUCCAUUAAGUACCGACUUAAAAGAAAUGUUGGCUUUGGUAGCUAACGGUUCAUCGGCUGAUGGACAACGUGAUCCCAUAAUGGCCGAACUUGGAGAGCUUUUAGAUUUCAAGCGCUUGUCGUCCAAGAAAGAUCAUGAUUAUUCGAGGACAACUAUGGAAGAUUACUAUGUGCCCGAAUCUGACGACAGUUGGACAAAAGCUGAAAAGCGCUCUGCUCCAUCUGAAUGGAUUAAUGAGCUGCCGACAUCGGCUGUGAAAAGCAGGCGAGAAGCAGAGCGAGUAAUUCUUGUUUCGAGUGAUGAGGAGUCUUAUUAAAUGAAAAUAUUAAAUUGGUUAGCGCAACAAGAGUUCUUUAUGAUAGGUUGCUACAGUUCCACUAGUCAUGAGGUAUUCGCUACUCGCUGGUGGUAGUACGACAUCUGGAUUCCAUUUGCAUUUUGUUUGGUUAAGGUAGUCUUCUUUUUACCUUAAGGCUUUUUUUUUGGUAUUAAAUUUAUUAAAUGAAUAUUAUUUUUAGACAAAUGUUAUGUUAAAUUACCAAUACAAUUGCUUUUUAACUAUUAUUAAUUAAUAUUUUUAUUAUUAUAUAAUUAGUUUUAAGGCUUUCAACUAGGUAAUGGGACAGAAAUACAAUAUUAGUUAAUUAUUAUU